AUGACCCACUUGGUUCCAUUCAAAAAACUGGAGACAGCUGGAAAGGUUCCCUCGUCGACACAACGUUAUAACGUUCUUAACUCGGUGUACUUAUCUGUGACCUUACCAACAGUGUUACCAUUGACUGGUAAAUUGAUGAAUUUUACAGAUAACACUGGUGAACAACGAGCAGCAUGUUUAAUCUCAGAAAAACUUACUAAACGAUUGCCGCUGUUAUUGGUCUCGGAUGGGACAACUGGUAUCGAAAUUAUAAUCGACCCAAAAAUAAAUGUUGAUGUUCAAAUAAUCGAUCGUUUUAUUAAAACAGCGAAAUCAGUUGCUAGUGUUGAUCUGAAACGUGUUUACAUGAGCGGUUGGAGUAAUGGUGCAGCAAUGGCUGUUGAAUAUGGACUAAACACACCAAAUAUUGCAGUCGUUGCUGCUUACUCUGCACCUGACCCAUACAGAGAUAUUGAUGAUCCCUGUACACAAAAACCGUAUCCACCCUAUCUCACACCAUUUAAAAAUCUGUAUAAUCAAUGUGAUGUGAUUGCUAUUUCCACAACAGACAAAGCAUUUAUAAGUGAUUUAGUCGAUCGAUAUCCAUCAUUAAUAGCCAAAUUUACUGUUACGGAUGCACUAC